AUGUCAAGGCAAGCUGGUGAUGCGUUCAGUGCAGGAGGAGCCAAGAAGUAUCCUAAGCGUGCAUGUUUCUUCUGUGAGGAUGAGGGACACGUUGCUACAACAUGCCCACUCAAGAAGGAGUUUCUGGAGAAGAAGAAACGAUCUAUGGGUUCAGCUAAUGUGGUGGGGGCAUCUCUUGAGAUCAACAAGACUGGUGAUAAAGAACUGUCAGUACGCAUCAUGCUGGGCAGCGUUCAGAGGCAUCAGUAA